AUGAUCGCCCAGACAUAUAACCUGCUACCCGAAGUCAAGGAAGAACUUUCGUUUACUGUAAAGCAAGCUAUAACAAACUGGAAGGCUCACAUAGUACGCUCCUCAAAUCAAGAUGCUGCAAGGAUCGAUAUCCUCGAGUCAUUAGAGGAGUCAUCAGUGCUAGUUAUACUGGGCUAUGAAAUAUUUGCCGAGAAAAUACCGAGAAAGUCAAACUGGUUGGUUUGGCAAACGUGGCAUUACUUGGCACCCCAGCGUAGCCUUCAGAAAGGUUAGCGAACGUCUUCAAAUGCUAACUUUCGCUCACAUCUUCCAGAGGUGCACUCAAGACAGCUGUGCGGUCCUCGUUAUCGGACGUUAUUAAACAACUCAAGACCAUCAUGCCAGAUCUGGAGACAGUCAGUUAUAGCCAAGACAACGCUGGCCGCUACCAUAGCGGGUCUACCAUAGUCUGCGCAAACGUGAUAGGAAAAGAGUUGGGCGUAGCGAUCAAACGAUUGGAUUUUUCAGAUCCCCAGUUUGGAAAAGGAGCUAGUGAUCGUAAGGCAGCCUUAAUAAAGUCACACAUGCACAUUCACUUAAACUCUGGCAACAAUAUCGAGAAGCUCGCGCAGAUGGUUGAGGCUAUUCUUUCUUCCGGUGGAGUGGCAUCCGUAAGUGUCACCCGCUGCGAGUCUAUCACAAGCCCUCCGAUGGUCACUUGCAAAAUUGAUGGUGUGAGUAAACUCUCAAAUAUAGAGCUCACUAUAGAGGGAAUCCGUGUAUGGAGAGCAUACGGCGUGGGACCUGGGAAACUGAUAUCUGCUCCGAAGGCUGAGAUCCCAUCACCAGAUACUCUGCCGUCAAUGGUAGUAUACUCCUGUCGCACCCAAGCUCUUUCUCCUCCGUCGUGAAAGGGCGGACUACCACAACACAUCCAAGUGAAACCCAUGCCACCAGAGACCAGACGGAAACCGACGAAGAGCCUGCAACAGCAAACGAGGCACUGUUUACAUGCCCAGAAGAAGGAUGUAGUAAGUCAUUCCUGAGGCACUCCUCCAUGAUGUAA